AUGUUCAAAUCGCUAAGAAAUUGUAUACCGUACUAUGAAUAUACAAAACCAAGUGAAAAGUCGGACGAGACGCCCAAGAAACUAAUAAGAAGAAAAAAAAAAGAUGACGAAGGAAUGGCACAAGAAACUGAUCAGUCAACAAAACGCAGAAAAAGGAAAGGAGACAAAACAAAAGAUGUUACUCGAGAAAUGACGAAAGAUACAACAACCGUAAAGCCAUGCACCGCCUACGUGGCUACGCAGUAUCGUGAAAUGGCAGGAAUGCCACCAGCUAAUUUACCACCUGCUACACCUCUUCAACCGGAACAAAAUCGGCAGUUUUUACCAGGUGAUGUCCCACUACCACCUCCACCCUUCAGUAUUCCAAAACUACCUCUACCUACACCGCGUCCGGCUCCAUUCUCCGCAGCUGCACAUGGCCAAACGUUACAACAGGCACUAUCAGACCAAUCACAAGAAAAGCAAGCCCCACAAGUGGCACAAGUGGCUGCUAGCGGUAUGAAGAUGGUGCAAAAAUGGGUCCAACGAGCACUAGAUACUGGAGUUGAGGCUUUAAGGAUGGAGUACCGCGGACUUGCCCGAUAUACUCUGCCAGAAAUGACUGUGGAUGCGUUCAGAGCAAACCACGAGUUUGGACGAAAUAGGUACCAGGACGUACCUUGUCAAGAUCAACAUCGCGUUGUGCUUAAGUGGCACUGUGCUUCCACCGAUUACAUACAUGCCAAUUUUGUGGGGACCCCUGUGUCAGCACGGCGGUUCAUUCUUACCCAGGGACCACUUGAUGGAACUAUCAAUGAGUUCUGGCAGAUGGUCUUACAAGAAGAAGCAGAGACUAUAAUAAUGCUUUGCAACUGCAUCGAAACGGGCAAGAAUAAAUGCUCUCCCUACUGGCCAGAUAAAAUCGGAGAGACGCGACUGUUCAAUGGUGGUGAAGUUUACAACCUUCAAACUCGUGUACUUUCGCCUGAGGAAGUGACAGUGAUAGUCUGUAUCUUGAAUGUGAAAUUCAGUCGAGCAGAUGGUUCCAUGGAUUCAAAAGAGAUUCGUCAUUAUCAGUGGCAAGAUUGGCCUGAUCGUGGCGUUCCACCCUGUAGAUUAACUAGUAUGGUUUGUAAAUGGUUAACAAGCUGA